AAACACGUGACAGACAGAGAGUUUUUAUGGAAUUUACACAAAAAAUUUUGCCCAUGGAAUGGGAGGAACGCUGGAGGAGAGAGAAAGAACACAGAAAAAGGAUGAUAGAGGAAGGGGGGAAGAAAGUUGAAGAAGAAAACCGGAAACUAAAAUGGAUAAUGUCCUACAAUGACAACAGGAUAGGAAUGAAAGAGAGGGAGGUGAAGGAAAACAAGAGAGAUAUGAUUGAUGAUCAUGAACUGGUUCAGCAUUAUAAAAGGCACAGUUACCCAGGUGAGAUCUUCCAGGCUUUGCAGAAGAUUAGGUUGGAGAACCUCCUCACUGACCUAAUCUUGAGCACAGAGUAUGAGCUGAGCCUUCAUGUUCACUCCCUUGUCAUGGCAGCAGUGAGCUCCCUUAUCCACCAAAAGCUCCAGGAGAAGGCUGGAGAUGAGAAAGUGAUCUCAAUUAGUUUGGGUCCUGAAGUGUAUAGUUUGGGGCUGGCUGCAGUGGUGGAGUUCGCCUACACUGGGGACAUCACCUCUUUGAACAAAGACAACAUGGCACAGAUCCGUACUGCAGCUCUAAGCCUUGGAGCUCCAAGAAUUCUGGAGCUUUUUAAAGAGGAGGAAGAGCGAAAGACAGGCAGAUGUAACAAGGAAGAAAAACCAGACAAGAUCUCGGCAGAAGACCAGUUGAAGGUCAGCUUGCAGUCCAUGAGAGACAUGUGGGUUGAGAGAGUGGGAUGUGAUAUAGAGCUGGUUGCAGAAGGAACAGUUUUCCAUGCUCAUAGGGUGCUCUUGGCUGCCAGCUGCGAUUACUUUAAAGGAAUGUUUACCAGUGGAAUGAGAGAGAGCCAUCAGGAAUCCGUGUCUCUGCUGUUAGUCGGGGCUUCUGAGCUCGACACCCUCUUGCACUGUACAUACAGUGGGGCUCUCGCACUUGGAUGGGGCUGUGUUUUUGAACUCACCUGUACAUCUCUCCAGUUUCAGUUUGAGCCAGCUCUAUCACUCUGCCUUAACUUCCUGAAAAAGGAAAUUGACAUUCACAACUGCCUGGACAUAGCCUCUUUCGCGGAGGCCUAUGAGAUGUCUGAUUUGAAAGAGCUGGCAGAAGAUUUUGUCUUGAGACACUUCCAAGAAGUAUCUGCCACCCCAAAGUUCCAGGACCUCCCAGCAGAGAAGCUUUUGGAGUUUCUCAGAUGCGAUGCGCUGUCCACUCCAUCAGAACUCAAUGUUUUCCGAGCAGUUGUUGCCUGGGUGGAGGCGGAUCCUGUUGAAAGACUUCCGCAAGCUGAAAGACUCAUGACAGCAGUCCGUUUUCCAUUCAUGACCUUCCGAGAAUUUCGAGAAGUCCGUGCUGUAAAUCUGAGCAUGGAAUGCAGUGGAGAAUGUGAGGCUGACCUCUACAAAUCAGCACUUAAGGAGUUUGGUUUUGGUGUUUCUGACUCUGUGGCUCAGCAUCGUGUACGCCACCCUAAAGACGCCCUUGUUUUAGUUGGAGGUGAUCAACUGCAUCCAGACAUGGGGCAACGACUUCCUAGUAAGCAACUGUGGUUUGCUAACUCUCUGCGGAGUGGAACAGGCCUCAUAAAGGAGAUAGAAUGGAGAAUGAUUGGGGAAAUGCCCGAUCGGGCCAGAUUUAGACAUGGCGUUGGCGUCUUCGGUGGUAAACUUUAUGUUGCUGGAGGCUGCCACUUUUAUGCCAAGGCUGAUACUAUGAAAUCUGCUUACAGGUAUGAUCCUGUCCAAGACAGCUGGGAAAGGCUGGCAGACAUGGUGGAACAGAGAAGUAACUUUACAAUGGUCGUCACUGGAGACAGCCUGUAUGCUAUUGGAGGAGACAAAGACAUCAACACAAACCUUGACAGCGUGGAAAAAUACUCACCAGAAUCCGAUUCCUGGAGCUUUACCAAAGCUUUGGACCAAAGCCAGAGUGGCCAUGCUGCAACAGUCUGGAGAGGAGAAAUCUUUAUUUCAGGAGGCUUCAAUUGCAGGUACCAAUGCCUAGUGUCCAUGUUUCUCUACCACCCAGAAAGAGGAACCACUUACCUUGCAGAAAUGACCCACGACCGGGCCCAGCACUGCAUGGAGAAUCUGAGAAACCAUUUCUAUGUAGCUGGUGGGGUGUGCAACCUCCGUAAUUUCUACACAGACCAGCUUGUCUGCGAGAUGUACAAUCCCAUACACGACACCUGGACAGUGUUCACCCCUCUCCCGAUUCCCCAUGUCGGAGCGGCCUCUGCUGUUCUCGAGGAGAGGUUGUAUAUUUUGGGCGGUUACUGCCAGGAGGACUACAGAGAGGCCAAGCUUGUUCAUCGCUAUGAUUCUGUCACUCAGAGAUGGGAGUGUAUGGGCAAGAUGCCCGGCCCCGUCACAGACAUACGGGCAUGCCUGCUACACCUGCCUGCCCAUUUCAGAAUAUGAGAUUAAAGUUAACAGAUGUUUCUGUGCCUUAUUUUAUGAUUUUAUAUUGUUAAUAUAUUUUUUAUAUGAUAAAAAAAUGUCCUGCGCUUAACACUUCAGUUCCAAUACAUUUAGGCUUUUCUAGUCAUACACCCCCCCUCUUGAAAAUGUGGUUAUUAAAGCCAAAAUGAUGCCUGUAGCCAAAAAGUGUUCAGAGACUGCAACCAUUUUAGUUAGGUGUGACAUUUUCAUGGAAUGUGCUCCAAAAGGGGGGUUAAUGGUCAACAGGUUAAUGGUCACCUCAGUCUAUGCCUGUACAAUACUUAUGAGCUCAAAAAUGGUUUGUUCCAUUUCAUCAAAGUACAUUUCAUGCCAUCUCAAAUUAGAAUACACUGAUACUAAUAUAUAUUAAUGACUUUUAUGAGAUGAUCUUAUAGACUGUGUAUUCAUGAAUAUGUCUACAUCUAAAUGUUGAAAACAUUGUGUAUAAAUGUGUGUUCACUUUAUGGCUUUAAUGGUGGUGACAAU